CGGGCUCCGGUGCAGUGACAAGCUAAAAGACGAUCGGGUCCGAGAGUUCUUGUCACUGCUUUCGUCAUUUAUAACCACGCUGAUUCACACUGGUAUCAUUUCCCACAAUCACCAGCGCACUCUUUUCGACUAUCCUGUCAUUGACACAUAUACAUUGUAUCUUGUAUAUCUCUACACAUCCAAUUCGCAGUAGAACUGGCAAUACCCUCUGCCACAGACACCGACUACGAUAACAAACGAGCCCACCCACGCUACUCAGCUACCUCUUACUACUCUUUUCUUUUUAUUUCUCAUAACAAAAUGCCAUCUCUAACAUCGGCCCGCUAUGGCAAGGAUAAUGUCCGCGUCUUCAAAACCGAUCGCGACGCCAAGACGGGCAUUCACACCGUCACCGAGAUGACAGUGUGCUGCUUGCUCGAGGGCGACAUCGAGACAUCCUACACCCGCGCCAACAACAACGUGGUUGUCGCUACGGAUUCCAUGAAGAACACCAUUUUCAUCUUCGCCAAACAGCACCCUGUCGAUCCGCCUGAGCAGUUUGCAGCCAUCCUCGGCGACCACUUCAUCCAGACCUAUCCGCACAUUCACGUUGCCAACAUUGACGUAACCACCCAUCGUUGGAACCGAAUCGCUCUAGAUGGCAAGGAACAUCCCCAUAGCUUUGUCAAAGAUGGGAAUGAGACGCGCGUCACCAAGGCUCGCAUCUCCCGCAAGGAUGGCAUCACUAUUCAGAGCGGCAUCAAGGGCCUCACGGUCCUCAAGAGCACCGGGUCUGCCUUCCACAGUUUUGUCCGCGACGAGUACACCACACUUCCAGAGACCUGGGAUCGCAUAUUGUCGACCGAGGUAGAUGCUAUAUGGGAAUGGAAGACGUUUGCAACUCUUGAUGCUGUCAAGAGCUCCGUCUCUAAGUUUGGCAACGCCUGGCAGGUGGCUCGUGAUAUCACUCUGCGCCGCUUCGCGCAAGAGAAUAGCGCUAGUGUCCAGGCUACCAUGUACAACAUGUCCGAAGAUAUCCUGGCAGCCGUACCGGAUGUAGAGCAUGUUCUCUAUUCCCUGCCCAACAAACACUACUUCGAGCUUGAUCUCAAGUGGCACAAGGGUCUCAAGAAUCUGGGCAAAGAUGCUACGAUAUAUGUCCCUCAGACAAACCCCAACGGUCUGAUCACCUGUACCGUGUCGCGAUCCUCAGGGCGCACGUCGCGUCUGUAAUAUGCCGUCGUGAUUGUUGCUGAAAUACAGCUGUACUGUUCGCCGCGGCUCCUUUUGAGCAACGCAUUGUAGAUAUAUAGAGUAGCGGCGUUCCUCAUCGCCUUUUAAUUUGUUCUUUCACUGCCAGAUUUAUGUGUCCUGUUUCUGAGAGUGAUGAAUAGUCCAUAGAAUAGUCCAUAAGAGAAAAGUUGGCGAGGCAUCAGGUAUGCUGUGAUGUUGUAUUGAAUGAAAAUUCGACGGAUGCUAUGCUACCAUUUCCAACAACAAAGAAUCGCUAUUGUUACAAAUUAUACAAAAGGGAUCGCCAUUUACAAUUCCCUCGUCCCAGGUGAAACCCAACUCUUCAUAUCGUACGCGCAAAAUCCAAGUACACGACCGUAAUUUUACAGCCUCUUCUUAUCGUUUUCGCGCAGUUGCUCUACCAUCUUAUCCCAACCUUCCUUGCCGACUUCGACACCACCAAAGCGGAUAAUAUUGUCCUUGUAUGGGUGAGCAUCACCCUCGAACGCUUUCAAUCUGGCCAAUCGCUUGUCGCGCAGUCUGUUCUUGGGCAGCAUACCACUGACAGCUUUGCGCAACACUUCACUACCACCGUGCUUCUCCAUGAGGACGUCCAUGGUAACAGUUUGCAGGCUACCAGGGCGGGUGUUGUGACGGUAGUACGGCUUUCGCCACAUCUUCUUUCCUGUAGUGUGUAGGGCUGCGCAGUUGGUAACGACAACGUAAUCGCCGCAGUCGGUAGACGGGUCAAAAAUAGGCUUGUGCUUGCCCAUUAGCAGGCAAGCGAUUCGAGAUGCCAAACGACCCAGUGACGGGGGUGUCGUGCCUGCU